GUCUGUGUGGAGCGCGCGACAGAGCACCUGCUCACGGCUUAGGAGCACGCGCACAGAACCCCUCUGCGAACACUGAGCCGCUGCGUCUCAAACAGCGCGAGAUAAACACUGAGACGCGCACAGUUUAUUUUCCUUUAGUUUAAUUAAACGAUAUUACAUACCAGACGUGUACUAAAACAAGCAGCUACUAAACAGAACCCUGUGUGCUGCCACAGACAGUGUGAAGAUGGAGUCUGUCCAGAUUAAAGAGGACUUCCCUGAACGUGAACUCCUCCCCUGUACAGAGGAGUCCUCUGGGCUGGCUUCCCUCCCCAUUAAACAGGAGUGCUUUGAGAGGCAAUGUGACUGCUGUCUGAUGGAGGUCUCUGACAUUAAAGCUGAGCACAAAGAACUGAAGAUCUCCCAGACAGAAGAACCCCUUUCUGUUAAACAAGAAAAGGGGCUGGAAACUGUCCGUAUUAAACAGGAGCCCCCUGAAGUAGAGUUUGACCACAUGGAACCAGUGAAGGAAGAAUCCGAGGACUUCAACCCAAACAUCCCUGAGCUGGAGCGUGUACGCCUGCGGGAGUGUAGCGUGGUGCUGGAGAGAAUCUGCGUGAGAGAGCAAGGCGCUGGAGAGGAAGGCUCUCCCAACAGCAUGCAAGGAGGUGGAAAGGAAGACGGGCGAUCACAUUCAGAAUCCAGUCUAGCAGGUUCCAGUACAGCAGCUAAAGCGAGGGCGGGCAGUGGAGAAGAUCCUGACUGUGGGAAAGGUUUCACCCAGUUUGGGAAUUUUAAAGCACAUCAGCGAACUCACACAGGAAAGAAACGGUAUCGCUGCUCUGCCUGUGGGAAGACUUUCAGUAACUCGGAAUAUCUGAAAAAACACCAGCAAAUUCACACAGGAGAGAAACCGUAUUUCUGCUCUGACUGUGGGAUGAGUUUCAGUCGGUCAGACAGCCUUGUUUUACACCAGCGAACUCACACGGGAGAGAAACCAUAUCUCUGCUCUGACUGUGGGAAGAGGUUCAGUAACUCAGGAGACAUGAAAAAACACCAGCGAAUUCACACAGGAGAGAAACCGUAUCACUGCUCUGACUGUGGGAAGAGUUUCAAUAACUCAGGAUAUCUGAAAAAACACCAGCAAAUUCACACAAUAGAGAAACCGUAUCGCUGCUCUGACUGUGGGAAGAGUUUCAAUUGGUCAAACAGCCUUGUUUCACACCAGCGAACUCACACGGGAGAGAAACCAUAUCUCUGCUCUCACUGUGGGAAGAGGUUCAGUAACUCAGGAGACAUGAAAAAACACCAGCAAAUUCACACAGGAGAGAAACCGUAUUGCUGCUCCAACUGUGGGAAGAGUUUCAUUCACUUAGGAGACAUGAAAAAACACCAGCGAAUUCACACAGGAGAGAAACCGUAUUGCUGCUCUGACUGUGGGAAGAGUUUCAGUCAGUCAGGAGACAUGAAAAAACACCAGCAAAUUCACACAAGAGAGAAACCGUAUCGCUGCUCUGACUGUGGGAAGAGUUUCAAUUGGUCAGGCAGCCUUGUUUCACACCAGCGAACUCACACAGGAGAGAAACCAUAUCUCUGCCCUUACUGUGGGAAGAGGUUCAGUCACUCAGGAGGCAUGAAAAAACACCAGCAAAUUCACACAGGAGAGAAACCAUAUCGCUGCUCCAACUGUGGGAAGAGUUUCAUUCACUUAGGAGACAUGAAAAAACACCAGCGAAUUCACACAGGAGAGAAACCGUAUCGCUGCUCUGACUGUGGGAAGAGUUUCAGUCAGUCAGGAGACAUGAAAAAACACCAGCGAAUUCACACAGGAGAGAAACCGUAUCGCUGCUCUGACUGUGGGAAGAGUUUCAAUCGGUCAGGCAGCCUUGUUUUACACCAGCGAACUCACACGGGAGAGAAACCGUAUCACUGCUCUGACUGUGGGAAGAGUUUCAGUUUUAUACAAAGCCUUCAAAGACACCAGCGAAUUCACACAGGAGAGAAACCAUAGCACUAGAACACCCAGAGAUAUACUCAUAACGAGGCAGGCAUCUAUAUAUAUAUAUAUAUAGUAACACAGCAGGGAGGGGGUUAAAACCUCCCUGUGUGGAAAACAUGUGCAAAUGCACAUUUGUUUUAGUUAAUUGUUUUGCUUAUUGUGUAAUUCAGUUUGGUUAAUUGUUUUAUUGUUUAAUUAUCCCCUGCACCUGGGCGGUAAUUGGAAAUUAGAACCAGGUGCAGGGUAUAAAAGACAGGCAGUCAGUUUGCUCGGGGCUGCGGAGGAGAAGGAGGCAGAAGAGGUGUGCUGUGUCCGAGCAGUCAAGAGGAAAUAACGUGCAGUGUGAACCUGUGUGGUUUGAGUAUAGUUGUUUUUUGUGUGACAGGUGAACGGCCUAGCUGUCCUGUGCUAGUUAGGUUCCUGUGUGUUAGUGUUAGUGCUCGUAAAGAGCUAGGUGUUUAUUUUUGUGUUUUGUUUUGUUUGUGUUUUGUUUGUCUUGUUAUUAAAAAUACCGCAACCGCGCUGAAAAAUCCAAGUCUGUGUCCUGGGUCGAUUUUUAAAGGGGCAACGAACCCGAGAGUGGCAGCGGUCUUUCCACAAUUAUAUAUAUAUAAUGAACAUUUAUUUUACAAAUCAAAACAAGAAAAUGUAAAUAAACAUCUGAACAGACAUACCUAUUUAUAAAACUGAAACGUCAGCAAUACAUUUUUAACUUUUCAACAGCAAAUCAGUUUAUUAUCAGAUGUUCAAAAGCAACUGAACAAUGUACAUAAAUAAACUUAGAAGAAAACAUUUUACAGAAGCACACAGCACAAGAAAUUACAAAAAAAAGACUUUUUUUUGACAAAAGGGUAUUCCUUUACCUUGAGUCUAAGGCUGUUCACAAUCAACACAGAUAAUGUGCUUCUCCACGCCGCCUUUCUGAACAGCUGUCUGAAGUUUUAUUUUUAUUGCACUUGCCAACCUGGCAUUGGCGUCUCUUGCGGCUCUCGGCGGGUUUGCCAGCUUCAGCUGUGGGUACACGCUUGGCAGUCUCCCACUGUUCCAAAUGCUUCUUGUGAAGUUCCUCUGCUAACUGUAAAAUGUAUUCUCUGCUUGGUAGAUUCUUCUCUGUGCAUUCUUUGUUAAGUACCAAGGAGUUGAUGGUUGCUAGGUACAGCUAAACACAUUGCAGACUGGUAAAUGAAAAUAAUAAAGCAGAAUAUUGUUCUGUAUAAUCGAAAUACAUUUUUUUCUGUGUAGCCGUCAAAGUGACUGCUCCUGGGGCUUUUAGGUAUAAUGUAAUAUAUAUAUAUAUAUAUCCUUUAUUUCUGCACGCCCGUGUUUCAUGCUUUGUGAGAAUAUGUAAUACAUAUGGACAGAAAGGUACCUGAACGCGCAGCCCCAUAUCUGUUACACGACUGGAGAAACUUAAGUUUUAAAACUAAAAACCGGCAAAAUGACUGCCACGGGGCUUCUAGUGUUAAAGACUAUAUUCAAUGGGACUUUUCAUUUAUGAGGAAAAACCCGUUAGCCUUGCAUUAUGAAUCCCUGUGUAAUGACUGUUUUGUGUAUCACUCUGAACAGCAUGCAUUUUAAAUGGUAAAAAUGCACUUCAGCUCUCUUGCACUCUGAUUGUGUCAGAAAGCGGGCGGAGACGCGGACACGUCACAAGAGGCUUCUCUGCUUAAGCUAUCAUUACAGAGCACAAGAUAAUAUAAAAUGCAGUGUGGUCAUGGAAACAAAUGUAUGAUUGUGUGU